AUGUUAUUCAGUAAAUUGGCGAUACUCGUGGGCUUGGUGGCCCCAAUUAGCGGGUUCCUCGACUCGGGGUCCGUCUACUGCAACCAGAAGUUACCUUCCAAGUAUAUCAUCGACAGUACCGAGUUGAUGGCGGCAAUCUCCGGCCAGUGCUCGUCGCUUCCCUCCUCCAUCGACAAGUUGAAAGUAUACCGGGUGAAGGACCUCUCCACUGCUCCGGCCGCCAACUUCAUCAAACACGUUCAGUACGAUCUGAUGGACGACUUGGACCGUUUUUCUGGCUUGUGUGGAUUGUCUGGAACGGUUGAGACCAUCGAUAGGUUUGAGGACAUUGAAUUCUCUGACAACCAUUUGGUGUUGGUGCAACAGAUCCCGCUGUUUCAAAAGAGAGACAUCUAUGAUGAGGUGGCAGAGGACUUGAAGGCGGCCGAGUCGAUGGCGGCGGAAAAUGACAUGCCAGUUCUGAUUUUCGAUGGUGACAGUGGCAGUAGCCAAAGCAAGAAAACCAAGGGGUUGUUCAACAACUACCAGUUUUUCUCGCCCGGUAUCUUCCUGUGCUUGAUCGUGUCGUUCAUAUUGUUGUUUGUGUUAAGCACGGCGUUGAGCUGGAUCAGCUCCAUCGAAAUCACCUACCAGUCUUUUGAGAAGCAAAUUGAUUUUGAAAAGAAGAAUGAAUAG